AUGCUGCUGUGCGGUAUCAUCGAUGAAUUAACACGAACAUUUGGUGACACUGCGAAUGUCUCGUUCUUUUUUUGCCAAGCUACAGACUAUGAUAAAGCGGGAAAAGCACUGUUCGAGGACAUAAACGCAUGGAAUGCCCUCUCGAGGAUCUUUAUGGAUAUUCUGAAAGACCCGGCCCUACAAAGCACCUAUUUGACUAUCGAUGCGCUAGACGAAUGUGCAAUAGGAUUACCUUCCCUUCUCGACUUGAUUACUCAGGUAUCGUCUGCGUACCCACAGAUCAAGUGGAUUGUCUCGAGCCGCAACUGGCGUGAUAUCGAAGAGCUUCUUAACACUACCCAUACCGCUCCGAUCUCUUUAGAGCUUAAUGAGGCGUCUGUAUCUGAAGCUGUGAGCGAAUUCAUUCAACACAAGGUUCACUACCUGGCGAAAGUGAAGAAGUAUAGCGAUGAAACUCGUGAUACGGUCUGCCGUCACUUGUCAUCCAACUCGCAAGGAACUUUCUUUUGGGUGGCCUUAGUCUGUCAAGAUCUUGAUAGAAUAUCGCGGAGGCACGCUCUUAGGAAACCGGAGGCGUUUCCUCCUAGACUGAAUGCCUUAUACGGUCGGAUGAUCGAUCAGGUUCGCAAAUCCGAAGAUGCUGAGUCCUACAAGCGAAUACUAGCUGUCAUGUCCAUAGUGUAUCGGCCUAUCGCGUUUGACGAGCUGGCCUCUCUUGUUGAGCUACCUGAUGAUCUCUCUAGUGACUCUGAAGCUCUAUCAGAGAUUAUCGCGAUUUGUGGCUCGUUUUUGACUGUACGCGAAGACACUAUCAUUUUCGUCCAUCAGUCCGCAAAGGAAUUUCUACUCAGAGAGACGCAAACUGAGGUUUUUCCUAGAGGUAUAGAAGCUGAACACCAGACAAUUUUGUCUCGUUCUCUUAAAGCUAUGUUCAAGACACUUCAGCGAGACAUCUUUCAACUUUAA